CAAAAACUGACUUUUUCCCCAGUUUGCCUUCAAACAUGUCUUUUUCUGGUAAGAUCCUAAUUUGGGUCUUUGUUGUUAGUUUCUGUCUUUCUUUAUUUGUAUGUUAAUCUGGUUUUUGUUUGGUCUUGAAUUUGUCACUGUAUAUUGGUUGGUUUUCCGGAGCUGUUUUCUCUUUUUUUCUUUAGAAACAGGACAGUUAAAAAGAUGAUGAGUUCAGGCAUGAACUUGAUCACAACUGCUAUUGCUUUUGCAACCAGUGUUAUUUUUAUUGUGUUUAUUUGUUCAAGAAUAAUUUGUGGGAGGAUUCGAGGGUCUCAAUCUAGACAAAUGUUUCACACACAGUCCGAGAUUGAUCUUCAACAGGUAGAAGAACAGACUAGAGGGCUUGAACCAGUUGUAGUAGCUGCAAUUCCCGCCUUAAGGUUCAACAGUGAGACAUUUACUUACAUUGAAGAUACACAAUGCUCCAUAUGUUUAGGCGACUACCAAGAGAAACAAGUGCUGAGAAUCAUGCCUAAAUGUGGCCACAACUUUCAUCUCUCUUGCAUUGACCUAUGGCUAAGAAAACAAUCCACUUGUCCUGUCUGUCGUUUACCGUUGCAGGACAUUGGUGAAACAAAACAAAUGAGAGCUGCAACAUUUAGGACAAUGAUUACAUUACAAAGUCCUCAAUGUUCAUCAUCUUCUACAAAUUCAGACAUGAAUACGUGAAAUUUUAUUGAAAGAACAAAGGUUUUUUGCAUUA